CGCAGGGUGCUAGUGUUAAAAGCAAGGUAACACGCAAAGCUUCAUGUGCAGGGAAAUGGCCAUCCCGGAGCCCCCAGGUAUAAAAUCCAUCCGUGAAUUAAAACUGAACACACCUCUGCUGCUGCAGUAUGGGAAGCCGUCCCUUUGAGCUGCAACAUGUUCGUUUUGAAAUGCAGCACACCUUGAAUGAGACAUUGAAGAAGUCAUCUUGUUUUUAAUUUGUCUUAAGUUUGGGAUGAGCACCCCUGUAGGGAGAAUUUGGGCCUAAAAUUGGCUGCUUGCCGGCUUAAAGGAAUGUUUUAAAGAUUUGACUUGCAUCAGGUAUGAAGUUACUGCCUGUGGACUAGGGACCAAGGGAGCACAUACCUGCUGCUUCUGUGGUGCUGGGACCAACAUCUUGAGAAUAUUCCUUCACCUUUUUUUUGUUUUUCUUUUUGGUUUUGUUUUGGGUCCUUUUUUAUUUUUUUUUGUCAUCAACCUGAAUAGCCCAGGACUUGCCUUUGGGGAAGAGCACAGCAGAAGAUAAGCUUUUCUGCUUUAGGACCAUUAUACAUCAACUGAGUUAAGGAACUGCCUACGUGAAGAUUGGAGCAGAAAUUGAGCAUUUUUUCUUCUCCCAGCCUGUGCACUCACACUUUAGACUGUAAACAAUGAGUGAGUUCUGGUUGUGUUUCAACUGCUGUAUUGCAGAACAGCCUCAGCCUAAAAGGCGACGGCGGAUUGACCGAAGCAUGAUUGGAGAACCAACAAACUUUGUUCAUACAGCUCACGUAGGGUCAGGAGAUCUAUUCAGUGGUAUGAAUUCGGUGAGCUCAAUUCAGAACCAAAUGCAGUCCAAGGGAGGCUACGGAGGUGGCAUGUCUGCAAAUGUUCAAAUGCAGCUUGUAGAUACAAAAGCAGGAUAACCUUGGGGGAACAUUUCCAGUUCUUGUGAAUUCCUGUAUCUUCUUUCCUGUGUCCCCUUUAUUGCUUUGGUGACUGCUUUCUGUGUUCAUGAUGAGAGAGAAGUGGUGGUUCGUUGUUCAACCCUUGUGAUUACUCCAGUGAAAAGUUGCUGUUCUGCUCUGAUGAUGCCAUUUAUCAGACUGGUCCGACCGUGCCUUUUAGUGGCAUGCACUCAUUUUGGCCUCUACCAAAACCAUGGACAUGUAGCUCUUUAGGGCAUUGGGAUUUCUUUAGUUCUUUUCAAUUUUAAACAAAUUAAAGCUCCACUUUUAGAUUUCCUUUUCCCCCUGCAAGCGUUAGUGUACAGGAUUCUCAUGCUUUUUUUUUUUUUUUUUUUUUAAAUAUCCUCCAGUCCUGUCACUAGAAAUGAGCAAGUUCCUAAUUAAUAUUUUUAAUCCAUCAUUGUUUUUAUGUGUUUUUGAAAGGUCUGGGACCUGCAAGCACAAUGAUCGUUGCAUACAUUCGAAAAUCAGCAGAGUAGAUGACCGCAUGCUUUGUGAAAUUGCUUUGUAUGGUGGCCUGUUUGGUGCCAGAAAAAAACUGCUUGUAAUUGCGGACUGAUGAUACUAAUGCUGAUUAAAAGUUUAGCUGUGGCACCAAGUCAUACCAGUCUCUGAGAAAGGACUUGUAACCUAGCUGCUUUAUGAUGUCUUUUUAGUUUUUAUGCAAUGGGUCUUGAAAUAAUAAAGAGAACGCUUGCAUUCAUAAGGCAUUUUGUUGUAAAUGUUCAGUAUAUUUAUUUUGAAAGAGCUGACCUCGAGGCUGUAAACCAGUGUAGUACCGUAUCUGAGUGUUGUGGUAGCGCUUUUGUCUGUUUAAAAAAAAAAAAAUCAUCAUGUUUGGCUGCUUUUUCUUUUCUCUAAUUUUGCUUAAUUUUAGGCUAUAUGAUCACUUCCAGUAGCAGCAUGUCAGACUGCCUGCAAUAUUAGCUGAAGUUUAGUAGACCUCUAAGUAGUUGGCAGUUUCUGUGUACUAAAUAUUUAGGGGCCAUGUAAGUUGCUAAGAGCAACAUUACUAAUCUGGCAGAACAGAUGCCAGUGAAAACAACAUACAGGGUGACUUUUUACUGUCAGUAAAAAGCCUUUUGCUCAGGUUCCAAAGCAUGUUUCUUUCACACGUUGUGAAAAUUGUAUUUUAAUAUUGCACUGUUUUCAGAUAUUUCUGUAAAUGGUCCUUUCCCCCUCCCCCCCCCUUUUCCUUGCUGGUGAUAUGAAACAUAAGUCAAAAGUUUGAAUCCUAGCUGAGUUUUUAAAACAUUUAUGUAAAAAAAAAAAAAAAAAAAAAAGACUUCAUACUACAUUUAACAUCUUAACUAGUAAAUGGGGCAUAACUGAGCCUAAUCAGAUAAAAAUUUAUAAUUAUAUAAAAACUAAAUGUGAGACUCCUGCAGGUUAUUGUUCUCUUUCUUUUUUGUCCCUUUACAAUUUCUGCCUCAGUUUUGGCAAUAACAGCCAUCAGAUUGAUUUGAGCAUAUACGCAUACAGAUAUUUGCUUUUUCCCUGGUAAUAUCCAAAGUAAAAAAAAAAUCAUAUGAAAUAUAAUGAACGUUGAGGCAAUUGAAUCCCUUUAUUUUAUUUUAUUUUAUUUUUAUUUUUAUUUUGAGCAAUGAAAUUGUAACCCAAGUAUAGAAUAUCUGAGUAGUUCCAGUAAACUUGGAUAGUCUUUGGAGGAACUGAUACAUGAUAACACAGGUCUGAGUUGUUCAGCUGUCUAUGGGGCAUAAACACAUGGCAAAAAUGGUUAAUUGGUGUCAGCAUUCCAAAUGCAUCUCUAUUAAUGAGCCUUUAUCUGUCCUAUGGUUACAAAAUGAUUUUCACGGUUUUUUUGCGGCUUAAUUUUAGUGAACAAGUUUUAUCUUGCCUUUGUCAAAAUGUCUUCAGCUCAGUAGCCAGAAAAAAAAUCAACAUAUUUUUAUAAAAAAAAAAAACAUACUUUUUUUGUACAUUGUGUUCAUUCUUGAAUAAAGUCAGUUCAGUGUUGGCUUGUAGAUAUUAAAAGGAAAGUAUUGACUUUGAUUCAAUAAAUGUUUUCUUUCAGUUGCUGGUUUACCUU